UCCGGUAAAUCGGGUGAGCUCGCGAAGAAAAUCGGGAAUUACGUUUAAUUUACGGAGUAGAUUGUAAAAAAUAUCAGUUGAAUAGCAAACAAACGGAGUGCUACAGCGUUUACCAACAAAUGCAUCCUACAUUGUUGACUGGCAAGUAAUUUCCGACGAAAAGAUGAACGUAAAUCCAGAUGCCGGUGGUACUGGGCAGGCCAAAAUUCGAUGUUUUUUCGACAUAACUCUCGGUGGCCUUCCGGCUGGCCGUAUUGUGUUCGAACUUCAUCCGGAUCUUGCGCCCAAAACUUGUGAAAACUUCCGCUCACUAUGUACUGGUGAGAAAGGCAUCGGACAGAAAACCUGCAAACCACUGUACUACAAGGGAAUAAUUUUUCAUCGAGUUGUUAAGGAUUUUAUGAUUCAAUCGGGAGACUUUUCCAACGGCAAUGGUACUGGAGGUGAAUCAAUUUACGGCGGCACGUUCGAUGAUGAAGCUUUUACGCUAAAGCAUGAUAAACCGUUCUUGCUUUCCAUGGCAAAUCGUGGAAAGAAUACAAACGGUUCGCAGUUUUUUAUUACAACGCAACCUGCACCCCAUCUUGAUAACGUUCAUGUAGUGUUCGGACACGUAGUUUCCGGUCAUGAUUUAGUACGGCAGUUGGAACAACUGCCAGUCGAUAGAAACUCUCGUCCUCUGCAGGACGCCGUCGUUGCCAACUGUGGCGAGUUGGUACGUCAGGUCAAAGAAAAAAAAGAAAAGAAGAAAAAGAAAUCAAAAUCCAGUUCCAGCGAUGAUUCGGAAGUAGAAGGAUCCAAGAAGCGCAAGAAGGAAAAAAAGAAAAAGAAGGACAAAAAGUCAAAAGGCGAGAAAGAGGAUAAAAAUGGAAAUAAUCUCGAAGAAGGUGAACUGAAGGAAGAAGCUGAAGUGCACCCACUGACAACGGUGACCAAGAUAGAUCCAAAUGAGAUACCCGAGGUGUCAAACAAAUAUCUAAUGCGUGGAGAUGGCAGAAAGCGACAAAAUGAGGAGAAAAGUGAUGAGGACGAAGAUGACGACAGAGAUCGUGGAAGAAGACGAGAACGAGAUAGGUCACGGGAGCAGCGAGGAUUUGGAUGGUCUAAGAGACGGGUACCGAUUUCGAAGAGCGGGCGUGUAAUCAAAGGGCGCGGAAAUUUCCGCUACCGCACCCCAUCGCGCUCCCGGUCAAGAUCGCGCAGUUUAACUCCCAUUCACUGGAAGAUUGCUCAGAAACGCACGAUUAAGAUGACGGAUUUGGAGAAAAUGGAAGACGAAAAGCGUCAACGUGAAGGCGAGAUCAAACGACGUGAAUCUGAACGGAAGAAACGCCACGAAGAAAUGGCUAAGGAUGCUUCCAAGAAAUCAUUUUUCGAGUUAAAUCAGGAGAAGGACCAACAGUCACACACCCAUGACGAGCAAAGCGAUAAUAACGAUGGAAAGAAAAACGAACCAGACAAACCAAUCGAUAUGAACGCACUGGAUUAUGAAGAUCAGGGAACGUAUUCUGACGAUGAAGCAGCGAAGAAUCCUCGCAAUGAAACGAUUGCCAGAGCUUUUGGUUUGGAAACCAAGAAACCGAUCGAAAGCGAACCAGCAGACAAUUUAAAGGUUCCUCCAGAAAAUAAAAACGAGAAUAAUAAUAAGAAUAUCAGCAGGCAAGAUGAAACUCCGGAGAGGAAUCGGGAGCUUAAAAAAGAUAGAUCUCGUGAGAACCGACGAGAUGAUCGAAAACGAGAUAGCUCCAGAAGUCGCUCAAGAGAUCGUACACGAGUCGUUUCUAGAAGCCGUUCGAAAGAACGACGCCGAUCCUACAGAGAUCGUUCGCCAGUGCCAUAUCGUAGAGGUGGAGGACGACCGUUUGUCGGCCGUUGGCAACAAAGACGUGGAUUCUUCUCUCCUCGUGGAAGAGGAGGAGGAGGUGGAGGAUUUGGAGGGGGACGCUUUGAUCGUAAUCGCCGUUCACGUAGUCUUGAACACAGGCGCUCAUCGGGUCGUUACCGACGAGAUCGUUCACGAUCAAGAAGCUAUGAUCGCAGAAGCAGAAGUCGAUCUGAUUCUCGUCGCCGUGACAGACGACACAGCAGCGAUUCUCGCUCACGAUCACGCUCAAGGAAAUCUGACAAAAAAUCAUCCCCAGAACCGCAACGCAAAAAGACGCCUGAAGCCACCGUUCCGGUGGUCAAGCAAGAGCCGACCGAAGAAGAAAAAGCUCGCUUGCAGAAAGAGAAAAUGCUCAAACGUGCUGAAACUCUUUUGCUGCUUAAAAAUCACAUGGAAAAGGAAAUCGAGGAGCAGCAACGUAAGGCUCGCGAGAAGCAGAAACAAAAGGAGGAAAAGGAAAAACUAGAAGCAGCCCUCGAAAUCGCGCAGCUUGAAAAGCUCAAGAAGGAAACAAUUGAAAAAUUACAAGCUCACGACAGCAUGAAGCUCGUAGCAGCACACAAGAUUCUCGAAACAGUCGUUUCGACGGUAAAAGCCAAAGGCUCCAGCGGCACAAGCAAGAAAAAGCAACGGCGCAGGAGCACCUCUUCAAGCUCGUCAUCUUCGUCGUCCAGUUCAUCCGGUGGCGAUAGAUCAUCGCGCAAGAAGAAACGCGAUAAGAAGAAGAAACCACGUCGCCGUUCGUCAUCAUCUUCAUCGACAUCUUCUUCGGAUUAAACCACCGAAGAAUCAGGUAGACACAUUUUCUGCAAUCUUUUCACUUACCUUUGAGUGUCCCAGGUAGCAUUUAGUAAGCCGGAUGUUGCCACUAAUCCGUGGCAUGGGUUAAUUUCAAACAUUCUCACUGUCCUUAUUCAUCACCCUAAUGAAAAACUAGAUGAACUAUAAAGUUUUGAAUACGGUAAAAAA